CUCUAUGCCACAGGGCUUAAAUGAAGUCUUAAAGGAGCACUUGCGAUGAGUCAAAAUAAUUCUCAAAAAGGCAAAUUUCAAGGUUUUCCGGGCAAUCAAGCACGAGGUCACACAGAUUUUGGUCAAGCUGGAUAUCCUCAAUACCCAUUUCCUCCUGGGGCCCUGUCUGGUGUACCGCAGGCCAAUGAGCUGAGCAAGCAGGUGCAAGCAGCCCAACAGCAAGGGAUGUAUGCAACAUCCACAUCCCAGGGCCAACAGUCGAUGGGACCGUCUGCCUCACCUCAGCAGCCCAAUCCCAUGAAUGCCCAACAGCAACAACAUUUGGGAAGAACGGCCCACGUCACGACCAUGCCAAACUAUUAUACUCGGAGCAAUGUGGUGCCUCGUACUCUGCCUGGCAUGGGCCGUGCCCCCCUCACAACAGUGGUGAAUCAAGGUGGAGGUGCAGGUUCUUCAGGGGGACAACAGCCCCCUUCCACUCCUCAGUACAGUCAUACGGUACAGAUGGUGCCUUCACAUGCUUUCCACCAUCAUCCCAUGCAGCCCAUUAUUGUGAAUACACAUCACCAGUUGACUGCACCACAAAUGUAUCAGCAAAGACCUAACUAUCAGCAACAGUAUUCUGUGAUUCCAGCAGGGCAGCAAAUUUAUCUGAAUAAUCAGUGGGCAAAUUACAACAGUGUUGCAGCAACUAAUUCUAAUGGCUAUUAUCAGCCCCACCCAGCUCUCUCUUCCUUUAAUGCCAUGCCGCCACAGCUGCCGCCCCAAAUGGGAGGCACUCAGCAACCUGCACAGAGCCAGCCCCUUCCUCCUGCACCCAACCGUAAAAACCCACUUCCUAUCAUAGACCCGACUACAGGAAAAAAUAUCCUGGAUGGACUGAAUCAGGAAUCAGUGACUCCACCUAGAUCUAGCACUUUGCAUGAAAAAGAAACGGAAAAUGCAGACCCCAAUAUAUGUGUUCAAUUUGCGACCCAAGUAGCUGCAGCUCUUGCAAACAAUGAUAAGACUGACAUGCCUGCAAAGGCUGCACCAAUCCUAGAGACGCGAGUCAUUCCGGAACCACAAAUGUGUCCUGUAGAGCCCCCCGAGGAGGAGACUUACCAGAGCAGGUCUAGACCUGAGCCAUUCUACGAGAUAGAUACCAGCAUCCCCGUAGAAGAAUACCGGGAAGAAAGUCCCAGCCCGGUACGGAUAGAGCCGGAGCUUGUCCCAGAACCGGAUCCUCCGGCCUGUGAGGAGGAGGUUUGUCAAGAAGAGGAACCAGUCGUAGAAGCAGAGGACAUGACCCCGGUCUUGGAUUCCCCUCAAGAAAAAAGUGUAGGCUUUGUUAGUGUUCAAGAACUGAAUAAAGUGAAUGCGCAAUUAGCAAUGGACAUGGUAAAUGUGAGCCAAGAGGCCACUGCGCCACCGACGCCGGUCGUCGAGAGUUAUAAAGAGCCUCCUCCCAUCAUAGAGGAAAAGGUUGAAACGAUAACCAUAGUUAAUUCUACAAAGCCAGCAGAAAAACUUUCUUCCAUUGAAAGCAAAAAGAACAAGACUCGGAAAAAGAAAGAUCUAAACAAAAAAGGAGAGAGCAAAGAAGGCGGGGAGAUGGACGCUUUCCUUGACAAGGGACCUGAGUCUUUGGAAGGCUUAGAGACUGAUCUUGUCAUUUUUUCUUUGUUUUUUGCCAUAAGCAAAAAUCUUUACUUAUCAUCCCCUCAAAGCAACAAACAGAGGAACGUGUCCCUCCUAUGGUUGAGGAGCAGCGACCACUCUCCCCCUGUCCCAGUGGUGGAUUCUGACAUCCUAGAUUCCAUCCCUCUCCCUCCAGAACCAGCACCAUCUCCUCCAAAUGGUGAAAAGGCUUCAGAAGAUAAAGAAAAUUCUCCUGCAGAGGAUGCAGCAUCCAAACUUAUUUUAAAAUAUGAAUACAAAGAAGAUCAGUGGAGUCCACUGAACCCAGAAGGCAAAAAGCAGUAUGAUCGGGACUUUCUGCUUCAACUACAGGGUGAACCUAUGUCUCUGUGUAAACCUAGUAAUUUGCCAAAUCUUGAUGUGAUAAAAGACAAGGCCCAUAUUCAGAGGCUGACAGAAGUGAAUCGUGUGACGCCAAUGACAAUGCCUAUGAAGGCUUACAAUGAUCCCUUUGUUCCCACCUACGCCAGAGGAGGUGCUCAGAGACCUCCCCAUCCUUCCAUUGGCAGGCGUAGUCAACAGGGUGGUCGUGGCCCUGAAAAGCCAAAGAAGGUGAUCUCUUUCUCCAGUUCCUUGAAUCAGGCCGUUAAGUUGCACGAAUCUGAGAAUGCCUGGAAGCCUAUCCACAAGCAGGAAGUCCCUGCGGAAGAUAACUUAGAAACACAGGAAUUGUACCGCAGAGUCCGAGGUAUUUUGAACAAGUUGACGCCUCAGAAAUUUGAAACACUUGUAGAGCAGGUGAAAGGAUUUGACAUCAAUACAGAGGAAAAGUUGAAUGGAGUCAUAGAUCUGGUCUUUGAGAAAGCCAUUGAUGAGCCUAAUUUCUCUGUGCCCUAUGCAAACAUGUGUAAGCAACUCAAACAGAUAAAUGUUCCACUUGCUGGCCAACCUGGUCAGUAUGUCAACUUCCGCAAGCUGCUACUGACGAAAUGCCAGAAGGAAUUUGAACAAGAUACCAGGGAUGAGCUGAAAAGAGAAGAAAGAUUGAAAGCAAUUGAAUCUGCUGAUCAGGAUAAAAAGAAAGAAUUGCAAUUUGAAUUUGAUGAGGAAGAGAAAAAAAUGAGGUAUCGACAGCUAGGAAACAUACGGUUUAUUGGAGAACUGUUCAAACUGAACAUGCUUACUGAGCCAAUCAUGCAUGAUUGCAUUCAGAAGUUGCUAACACAAGGUGAUGAAGAGAGUCUUGAAUGUCUCUGCCGUCUACUAAAAACCAUCGGCAAAGAACUGGAGGGCAAUCCAGAUGGAAAGCCACAGAGGGGUGGCAGUAUGAUGGACAAAUAUUUUGGAGAGAUGCAGAAAAUAGUAGAGAAACGCUUGACUACUUCUCGUGUUAGGUUCAUGCUGCAAGAUGUCAUAGAUUUAAAAAGGAACAAUUGGGUCCCCAGGCGGGAUGAGAACAAUCCUAAGACAAUUGACCAGAUUCACAAAGAAGUAGAAAGGGAGGCUCGGGAACAGCAGCAGUCCUACCAAAACAUGCCCCCAUCAUCUUCUACCUACCCCAAGCGACUCAAUACAGAUGACCGACGGAAAGGUGGCAUGGGUCGCAAUAUUGGCAUUUCUGACGAUGGCUGGAUUCCUUCCUCUAAUAAAAGUAAUAAGGGAAGUUAUAUGGUUGAUCCCACGAAGCUCAAACUAACUAAGCCCGACGAAGUAGAAAGUAUGCGUUUGGGACCAGGUGGACGAGGUCUCCAGAGCUGGGGUAGAGGCAGCAGUGGGGGCAACAAGACUAGUCCUGCGGAAGAGAAAGCUUCAGCAGCCCUUACGACGAACAGGUAUUCUGCGUUAGCUGAUCAAACUUUGACACCAAACUUUGAAGGCCGACGGGGAUCCCAGAGGUCUGCAGCUUCCAGUCGCGAAUCUAGUCGAGGGCGUAGUGGGGCUGCGCAGCCACCACCCAUUCGCAAGACUUCUUCCACUUCGAAGGAACGGGAGAGUCUUCUAGAAACAGUCAAAGGACUAGCCAGGACUGGUCAACCUGCACAAGAGUCGAGGACAGUUACACAGGCCACGGAACCCUCAGUCAAAAGAGCACCACUGGUCGAAGAACAGAGGAGUCAUAUGAAUGGCAAAGUGACUGAAAGAGAUGCAUUGACGUUACGAGGACCAGAAUUGGAUGAAGAAGAAUUGGAGAAAAAAACAAAGCCUCUUAUUGAUGAAUUUCUACACAAUGCUGACUUUGAGGAAGCUAUAAAAUGUGUGACAGAGCUAUGCUGUCCUACAACCGUCCACCUGUUCAUUGAGUAUGCUGUGAACCAGGUGUUGGAGCGUUCUAGUCAGGCCAGGACCCUUCUAGGCCAACUUUUCUACCUACUCACUUCUAGGCAAAUCUUUACACUCCAGCAGUACAAAAACGGGUUUAAUGGUGUACUAAGCAACGUGGACGACUAUGCACUAGAUAUCCCUCUCAUCUGGGACUAUAUAGGUGAGAUCUUAGAACCCAUGGUAGAUGACAACAAGAUGCCCCUCUCUUUCCUCAAAGAAGUGCUCGAGCCCUGCCGGCCUUCGCUAACUGCCGGAAAGCUAGUGUCUGCUGUUCUGUGCUCUGCAAAAAAGAAGGGUACUUUCAAACUUGGAGAGGCAUGGCGAGAGUCUGGACUACAGUGGACUGAUUUCCUCGGAACUUCAGAAAAUGUUGAGGAUUUUGUACAUACUUAUAAACUAGAGUUCACUGUCACUCCGACUAAGACUUCUCCUCUCUCAACAGAGCUCUCUCCCGAAGAGAUGAGGAAGGAGCUGAGCUCCUUACUUCAGAACAAUAAAAAGAAUGAAGAGAUAUUCGAUUGGAUUGAUGCAAAUGUUUCUCAGAUGGCAGUCACAGAACCUUCCUUUAUUCGUGCCUUGGUGUCAGCAGUGCAUGAGAAUGCAAUUCACGGCUCUGGUCAAAAUUCAGAGUUGAUCCAAGCCAAGCUAAAAGAGAGAAUUCCGCUCUUGACGCGAUAUAUAGAACACAAGGAAAAUUUGGAGCUUCAAGCUUUAUAUGCAAUACAGUCUCUCAUGAACCAGUUGGACCAGCCCAAAGGUGUGUUGAGGCAGAUCUUCGAUCUACUGUACGACGACGACGUCAUCACGGACGAGACGUUUAAGCGCUGGGAGCAGAGCAGUGACCCCGACGAGAUGGUGGGCAAGGCGGUGGCGCUGCUGUCCGUCUCCCCCUUCUUCACCUGGCUGAGGGAGGCGGAGUCGGGAGACUCCGACCCCCCAGAGGAGGAGCCACGGCCCACGUGAGCGUGGUGCGGUUUCCUCCCUCCUCUCGCUCGACAGACGAGGGCGUCUGCGCCCUCGCUCGGAACCUCGCCGCCUCUCUACCCCCGGAGCUUUUUGUUGUUUAAAUGACUGACCAGUGAAACGAUAUCGACUCGCGAAAUGUACAUAGUUGAUUCUCGAGUGCCGUCGGUCUGAGGGGGGGAGAGGAACUUCCCGAUCUUGUCUGUUCUGUACCGAUUGUUUUUUAAGAAUAUGUGAUUUAGUAAUUUUUAAAAUUUGUUUAUCUUAUAAACAGCUUUCUAUGAAUCAAAUUAUUUUAAUAUAUUGCUUUGAUAUUGGCGGAAAGUCGCGAUCCUGCGUCUCCGGCUCCAGUUUUUGUGUCUGUGCCGUUUUUAUAAAUAAAUUCUAUUCAAAUUUUAGAGAUCGUGGGUCUGAUGCGACGUCUCGAGGGGAGGGAGUCGAUCGUCUGACGACGAUACGAGCCUUUCUCCCGUUGACUGCGGGCGGACUCGUAAACUAAAAUUUUGUGAUCGUACUUUCCUUCGGGAAGCAAAAAAUAGUUUCGAAAAGUGAACGUUAUGUCGAGUGAUGUCUUGCUUUUAAAAUAUUUUAUCGAGAGGAGUUCCCGGACGUGGGUCGAGCACAAAUUGUAAAUUGAAAGUGAAAUAUUGUACAGAAUACCAAGAGAAAAUGUUUAUUAUGCUGCAUUUCCGUUUUAUACCCGAGGCAUUCGGAAUCUGAAAAAAAAAAGCUCGUGUCGGGUAUCGAGACGGCGAGUGUCGACGGCAUGUAUGAAAUUCGUGGCUGGGUCGCCAUGCAAGUAUAAAGGACAUGAAUCUAAAACAGUGGACACUUUGUUCCGGCGAAGUGGGGUGGAAGACUUCCGUACACGUGCCUACGGGGAAAUGCCGACAAAAAAUUCCAGAGCAUCUUUUUUUCACCUUCGGGACCGAAAUCGUAUCCACAUCGAGUGAAAAAAAAGAAAAAAAAAAGGUUGUGCCUUCUAGGAAUAUUUUUCAGUUUUCUGCUCAACACACAUCGAGGAGGAAAAGGGGUCGACCGGACACCACCGUUCCUAAAAGUGGAAAGUUAAACCUAUUGUGUAUACUUAAUUCUUGUGUCACCAGGUCAUGAUUAGUAAAAUGGGGAUAAAAAAAAAUUAUUUAUAUUUUUACUUCUACUUCCAGGUGUGAUAUUAAAUGCUUGUAUAAAGGGAUUUUUAUGUGUAAACUGUUAUGUUGUUAAAUACAAUUUUUCUUCUUUUUUUUUUAAUUAGAAUGAGAGUGUCAAAUUGAUUCCUGUUUAUAUAACUCACUGCUGCCCUAUUUAUUAUGUAAAAAAUAUUUAGCAAAUACAGAAAUUUAUUUUGAUCUGUAGUCUUUCAGGUCAUUUGUGAGUGGAAGAGUAUAUAUACAUGAAACACAUAGAUAUGUAUAUAAAUAUACCUAAUGUUUUAUACAUCAUUCUGGCAAUGAGGUUUUUUGUAUCAUGGCUGCGAAAGAAAUUCAGUGUUAUAAAAACUUAAGAUUU